AUGGCGCGGGAAACCCGGGAAGAAGAGAUGGACACCGCCGGAAUGGUGGACGAGGAGGCGGCCACUUUAAAACUGUACGAGACACAGUUUUUUGGCUUCACCCCGCAGACUUGCAUGUUGCGGGUGUACAGCGCCUUCCAGGACAGCCUGUAUGACAUUUUACCCGUCGUGGAGAAGGUGUGUGUGAGACAGCUGAGCAAAGGCGAGUCGGACGGCGCCGAGGAGCUGCUCCGGUCCCGGGCCAGAGAGUGCAGCCGGAAACUGCAGCAGUACCUCGAGGAGCGGUUCAAGCAGCUGUCGGAGCGGAUGGAGGAGCUGCUGUUGAGCCGCUGCUUCUCCGUGCCGCCAAAUGUCCUGCUGCCCGAGGACAAGUCCCACAACAAACACCCUCAAAACACACAGGAGGUGCUGAGGCUGGAGUCGUCCCUUGCUGACCUCCAGAGAGCCUACGAAGCAGAAGUGUGUGCCAGACAGGCCCUGCUCGCUGAGCUGGAGGAGCAGAGGGAGGUGCAGAAGCAGCUGGAUGGACUCCUGACGUGGGUCAGAGAGCUCCAGGUGGCCUGGGUGAGGGAAGGUAACAGCAGCUUCCAUGAAAGUUUCCGGCUGGUGAUGGAGUCCGUAAAGAAACUGCAGGAGGCUGUCAGGGAGGUCUGCAGCAAGGCGCCUCACUGAACCGAACUCAAAUUUGCAUUAUUUUGUAAACAGACAUUACUCCAAAAUUAUUACAGUCUAUUCUGUGUUCACUCCUAGUGAGAUCAUUUAAAAGACAUCGGUAGCAGCUAGGUGGACAUGAGGCAGUUUCACUCACUGAAUAUUUAGUGGUUUGUCAGCCCACUUUUCAUCUUGUUUAUAGAUAAUAAACCCCAAUAAUUAUAAAAUAAUACUAAUUAAUUCUCAUGAAAUCCAAAAUAUGUAAAUGUUGUAAAAUGACUGUUCUGCAACCACAGGGCUUCUGUUUUGUUUUGUUUUUUGUUUUGGUUCAGUAAUGUUUAACCUUUUCCGACAAAUUUUGUUAGUUAUGCUAAAACGUGCUUUGAUGGCUUUAUGAAUAUGUAUCAUAAGUUCAAUAAAGCUUAGUUACCUUUAAAAAGAGUCAGCCAGGUUGACCUGUCCCCACAGUGCAAUGUAAGUA